AUGCGCUCCGGCGGCCGGGCGGGGGCUUAUAUAGGGAGCGGAGGGCGCGCGAUCGUGGGAACGCACGGAGCCGCCGAGUUCCCACACGCGCCACCUGUGCGGAGCAGCUGCCCGGGGGGCGCGGGGGGCCACGCGACCGCCGCGCGUGCGCGCCGUAAACAAUCGGACGGCGCGGCGCGGGCGCACGCCGCGACGCUCGCGCUCCCUAAUUACGGAACCCGAUCGCCCGCUACCCGCCAUCUAGGAGUACGCCGUUUAGAACGUGCCCUAGAAAGUUCCACCGUCAUGCGUGCGGACUGU